AUGCAGAUUCCGGCAGCCUGGCUGCGUUGCGGGGGCGGCGACGGGGUAGGAAAAGUCAGGGAAGGAGCAGUGGUUCGAAUGGGAUUGGUCCUGGCCCGAGUGGCGGCCGGUGGUGGCGGUGAAACCGUUGUUGCUAUGCUUCGAGGGGGGGAGUCGGAUUUGAGCCCACUAUGUGUCUACAGACUCGUCUCGAUGUGCUCUACGCAAUGGUACAACUGA